AUGCAAGAAUACACAGAAAGAGCCGCUCGUGGCACUGAAUCCCAGUUUCAACCAGGCCAUCAAAUCCCUGUUCAACAUCAGGAGAAGCCUGGGCUACAGGAAGAACUGGAGGACCCCAAACCGGUAUCAACACACAUACCGACCGUGGAAGGAAGUUAUGAGACAUAUAAGGCAGCAGGAAAGCUUGCUGGGAAAAGAGCCAUCAUUACAGGUGGUGACUCUGGAAUUGGCCGCGCCGUUGCUAUUUUGUUUGCAAUGGAAGGAGCAUCCAGCUUGAUUAUCUACUUACCAGAAGAGGAGAUAGACGCACAAGAGACAAAAAGAAGGGUUCAGGACACAGGAAAUGACUGUCACUGCUUAGCUGUGGAUGUCCGCAAGAAGGAAAAUUGUCGGAAAGUGGUUGAUACUGCUGUGCAAUGUAUGGGUGGCAUAGACAUCUUGGUGAACAACGCGGGAUUCCAGAAUAUGGUUGGGGACAUUAGUGACCUUGAAGAAGAUCAGUGGGAGCGUACAUUUGAUACCAACAUCCAUCCAUUUUUCUACCUUUCCAAGUAUGCGCUUCCGCAUAUGGGAAGUGGCUCAACUAUAAUAAACUGUGGGUCUAUCAACGCAUACAUCGGUCGACCUGACCUCCUUGACUACACAGCAACCAAGGGUGCAAUCGUUGCAUUCACCAGGGGCUUGUCUAAUCAGCAGGUUGGGAGAGGUAUACGGGUGAAUUGUGUUUGUCCUGGCCCGAUUUGGACGCCUCUGAUCCCAUCAACUAUGACUAGUUCGGCAAUGGAUCAAUUCAGCAGUGUGCCGAUGGGCCGUCCGGGACAACCCAGUGAAGUGGCUACUUGUUUCGUCUUUCUAGCAAGCCAAGAUAGCAGCUAUAUCUCGGGACAAUCUUUGCAUCCCAAUGGAGGUGUUGUUGUCAAUGGGUAGCCAGGCAGGGGCGCUUGCCUGAGGGGACAUCUCUCAAUACAAGACGAUCUCUUCUCAGCUUUAACUGGCCCUCAGCUGUUCAAAUAUAAGACAUGUUGAUCCACUCGUGUAUAUAAUGAACGGGAUGCCUUAACAACAUACAGUAGUGUGACAGAAGCAGUAAAAGAGUUCUAACGAACAAAGUAAUACUCUGCAGAUAUAAAUAGCAACUAGCCUGCCUUAU